GCGACCAAACAACUUGGUACGUGGAGCUAUUAACACAAUCGCUAUCGUACGUUACCGUGUUUGGAAAAAAUACUUUUUUUCCCGACGUACAGUUCUAUUCCGCGUAUCCAGACAAAAAUGAAGUUCCCCGGACAUGCUCCCUGAGCACCACGGACAUGUGAAACUUGACUCUGCAGUAGUGCAGAUGCAAGCCCCAGGCUGGAUUGAAUGGCACUGAGGAUACAAGACUGCGACUCAGUGGGAGUACUGCAAUGACCAGCCGGCACCCUAGCCAUGCAGAGAGCGCUCAUUCCACAGACAAACAGCCACCUGCCGCAUCUCCCAAGCUCCAUGUCCAGCGAUCUCUGUCAAAGGAGACCAUCACCAUCCACUUCUCAGCUCUCGGGAAGGAGGAAGAGGAGGAGGAAGAAGGGCUGUACAUGGCAUCUGCCUCCCCUACCUCAGCCACUCAGGAUGACUCGAGUAUUGUGACAGGCUUAGAGGCAAGUGAGGAGAUGUUUGAAGGGGCACAGUUGUACUCUGCAGCUGAGGCUGCUGUCAUUCCUGAAUCCACCAGACAGUCUUCUGUUUCUAGACGUGACGCCAAAGCUUCUCCCACGCAAACGCCGUCAUCGCGCGUUGCCGAGCAGAAAGGCUCGAGUUCUAAUUCCUCUCCCACUAAAUCGUUGAGUUUUCCCUCCAGUGACAAACCCUUCUACAACUUGGUGAAGUCUCUCUCCUCUGACAUUGAGUCCCGUGACGGGGUUUCUUCUGUUACUGCUCCAACAAUAAGGCAUAGGCAACUGAUGAAGUCUUUGGUCAAAUCCUUAUCUUCAGAUACAUCCCAGGAGUCAUCCUCCUCCUCCUCCACGCCCUACCGUCUUCCAGAACCCCGCCUUAACUUGCAACUCUUCAAGCAAUUCACACAGUCCCGGAUGUCAGCUGCUGCCACGUCAUCGGCUGGUGAUUCAAAAACUGCUCCUUCCUCUCCAUUAACCUCACCAGAUGCCCGCAGCUUCUUUAAAGUCUCAGAAGUGGAAGCACGAAUUGAAGACACUAAGCGCCGUCUCUCUGAGGUCAUGUACGAACCGCUACAACUUCUGAGUAAGAUUAUGGAUGAAAAGGGCAGCAGCAGCAUUUACCGACCCAAAAACCUAUCUUCCAGUGCCUCAGAACUCUCCGAAGUUACGUCUGUCAAUGGUCACAUGGAGAGCAACAACAAUUACUGCAUCAAAGAGGAAGAAGGAGCUGAGUUGGAGGCCGAGAGCCUCAACGGUGGGGCCUCUGGUCCAGCUGAAGCACUUUCUCCCUCCUCUAUUGACACUAAGAGCCCCAACAAAUCGUCAUUACUUUCCAUGUCCGCUCUUGCAAGACAGGAGGAUGAUGACUUUUGCAUCCUGUACAAUGAGGACUUCGAGACUUGCACUGACACCGAAGGUGACGAUGGUGACAGAACUGAUGAUACUGGAACUGGUAGUCAAACUAGAGUACCACUAAGUGGUAGUACAGAACCAUGCAGUGAAGCUGAAACGGAAAGUAUUGAGCCGGCACCAAGUGUUCCACACUAUACCCUGAUCAUCCUCACUGUACUGGUAUAUGGGUAUUUUGUAUUACCUUUCCCCAGCUACAUUGGAGGGAUGCUGCUUGGGAUUGGGCUGGGAUUCUUUUUAGCCAUUGGUGUUGUAUGGCUGACUGGACCAAAACCUUCAGGCAGUUUUAGACAUUCCAGACAACAUGGGAAGCUGUGGAAUCUGACAAAGUUGGACAUUAAAGAACCGGAAAUAUUUAAGGGCUGGAUGAAUGAGAUAUCAAACUACGACCCAGAGACAUACCAUGCCACACUGACACACUCUGUGUAUGUCCGGCUGGAGGGCUCCACCAUUCGCCUCUCUAAACCCAACCACAACGUCGCCCGCCGUGCCACACACAAGGAACCAAAACCUGACGUCAGCUACAUCAGUCAGAAGAUCUAUGAUCUCACCAACAGCAAAGUAUGUCUAGUGCCUCACAGCUUGGCCAGGAAGCGUAUAUGGAACAAAAAAUACCCCAUCUGCAUUGAACUCGCCAAACAGGAUGACUUCAUGUCAAAGGCCGAGGGAGACAGGUGGGAGGCCAGUGAGAGCUGGACCACAAGGGAUAAAGGAGAGGGUACGGGAGGGUGGUCUUCCUCCUCCAGCAGAGACCUGACCCUCUAUCUGUUUGGAAGGACCGGAAGGGAGAAGGAGGAGUGGUUCCAGAGGUUUCUUUCAGCUUCCAGGCUCAAGGCAGAUUUGAAGAAAGUGUCCAGUGUUGCAGGGAGUAAGAGCGCUCUGAGUUCUCACAGUCGCAGCAGCAGCCGCAGCAGUCUGGACGAGGCGCUGGGAUCUCAGCCCAGGUCAAAGGACUCCUCGAUCUCCUCAACAUCGGGCAGUGCCAAAGCUAAGCCACUGCUGGACUACAGUGUCUACAUGGCCUCUUUACUGCCAAAACAGGUGGCGGCCAGCCCUACAGCUGCCAGCCCUGUUCUCCAGAGUCCACAGAGCAGCCCUGGAGCUGAUAAGAAGCUUCUGAACACCACCUCAGCUCAGACGCAGCCCAGGGAGGAGAAGGAGGAGGAGGAGAAAGAGGAGGAGGAUCAUGUUGCCUGGGUGAAUGCGGCUCUCGGCCGGGUCUUCUGGGACUUCCUGAGCGAGCCCUACUGGGCUGAACUGGUUUCCAAGAAGAUUCAAAUGAAGCUCAGCAAGAUACGGUUGCCUUACUUCAUGAAUGAGCUAACCCUGACAGAACUGGACAUGGGUGUGGUCACUCCCAGGAUCCUUGGUGCAUCCAAACCUUCCAUAGACUAUCGAGGUCUGUGGUUUGACCUGGAGCUCUCCUACAGCGGCUCCUUCCUGAUGACCCUGGAGACCAAGAUGAACCUCAUUCGCCUGGGAAAGGAGGGAGAAAACCUCCGCUUAGGGGAGUUUGGCAAAGAUGGACACAGGCCACGGACUUACUGCCUGGCUGACAGUGAUGAGGAGUCAUCCAGUGCAGGCUCGUCAGAUGAGGAAGACUCCUCAGAGCUCACAAAUGAGUCGCUGGGAGCAGAGGGUUACGUUGGAGGCCACAAACCGAGCAAGAUCAUGCGCUUCGUGGACAAAAUCGCCAAGUCCAAAUACUUCCAGAAAGCGACAGAGACAGAGUUUAUCAAGAAGAAGAUGGAGGAAGUGUCCAACACACCGCUCCUGCUCACAGUGGAGGUGCAGGAACUCCGAGGAACACUGGCUGUCAAUAUCCCCCCUCCACCCACCGACAGGAUAUGGUAUGGCUUUAGGAAGCCGCCACACCUGGAACUGAAGGCCCGACCUAAACUGGGAGAAAGAGAAGUCACUUUGAUUCAUGUUACAGACUGGAUAGAGAAAAAACUGGACCAGGAGUUUCAGAAAAUCUUUGUAAUGCCAAACAUGGAUGAUGUUUGGCUGACUAUCAUGCAUUCUGCCAUGGACCAUCGCACAUCAGGUGGCCCUUUAGUCGGGCCCACAGCAGAUCCAGAGCUUUCCCAUCCAGAGAGGGACAGCCCCAGCCAGCCAUGAAGAAUGUUUACAGUAUUUCCUUGAGCUUAUGAAGUCUCAAAAUGGGAAAUGGAGCCAAAGUGGAUAGGUCAGACACUACUGUAAAAACAAAACACAUUCCCAUACAGAGUGGCUUUCUCACUUCCCACAGUAGCGACAAUAUGAAUUUUUAAAGCAACAAGGUCGAAGUUAGCCAAGGAAACACUAAAGAUAAACUGUUGGCCGCUGCUCUUUUCAGUAGUAUUUAUUGAGUCUUUGAAGGAUUUAUAUAAUAGUAAGAAGCUACUGAAUAGGCACUGAUAUGUGAAGAGUUAUAUUUGGCUCAGGCGCGGGGGUGGUUUCAGUUAAUAAGGGGAAUUUCUGGGGAUAGAGAAGUACACAAUGUCCCAUGAACACAUUAAUAUGGAAGCAUUCACCAGAUACCUUACAGCCUGCAGAUGACUAGUUUCUACUGGGGCCGGAGAGUGAGAUGGAGCACAGUAGCCCCUUUUUUUUUAGUUUAGACAUCCAACAAGUGGAGAGUUUAAGUAUGAUAGUAUGUUGAAAUUAGAGGUGUUUCAUAAUUAAAUGGUUAGUGUGUGAAGGAGAGUUAAGAAUUAAUAAAGAUGUAGGCAGGUUAAAAAGUGUAUUUGAAAAAGCUCAUAUACUUGAUGUUCUGUUUAUUUAUCAUACGAAACUCUUGUCUAAACCUUGAAGUGGCUUUAUGUCAGCUUUUUUUUUUCUUAAUCAGGUGUUAACUAACAGUAUUCAUUCAUGCUGUGACCACACCCUGAACCCUUCAUUUGCCAACACCCCACUUUUUAUGCCAAUGAUGCCCUUAUCCAUGUCUUGUAUGGACCUAAUGCUCAAGUGCAAAACGUACUGCAUAAUUAAGGAAAAAGUGUCAUUCACUAUGUAAAUUCCAUACUAAUGACAAGUAAAUGAACACAGUAAGUGCAAUGAUAGAAACACUAUGUAUGAUCUUGUAAAGAUAUUAUAUAAAAGCGUAUGUCUGAGAAGUACAAGGCAUCUAACUCUGUCUGUUGAAUGUAUGUAUGGAUCAUUUUGGUUCCUAAUGUUGUAUGAAAAUAGUUUUAACCCAGUCUCAUUUUGAUUGGGGUAUGCAAACUGUUGCACAAGUACAAGUGAAAGUUUCCUUUUUUGUUUUCUUGUGGUAAACACUAUCUCAUCUUGCAUAUCUUUUUUUUUUUUUUUUUUUUUCAAAUGUCAAUCAUUAUGUUUAUAGAAUACCAUGUGGUGUAUUUACCUACACAUCAUUAAUACUUAACGGUGUUGAUGGUGAUGAUGAUAGUGUUGGCAGUGGAUUUAAAUGACCAACUUUACUAUGUGACAGUGCUUUAAAAAAAAAAAAAAAGACUCUAUCGGCCAUACUGUAUGUAGACAGGAGCUUCAUUGUGGUUUGACACUCAGCUCAAGUUAAGGUACGUACUACAUAGCAGAACAUCUGUUGCCAAGAAUGUAUAGCCUUACAUACAGGUUCACUUUCUGAGAGUACCUUUUUAACCAGGAUAUAUUUCUAAUGUUAACCAAAGUCCUUUGAUUGGGCCCACAGUGCCAGAUGUCUCUCUGCUCAAAGGUACACAUCCUGAAUCAAUAAAGCAUUAUGAGGUAAUAUUUACAAAUGCGCUACAAUACCUGCAUUAACAUUGUUUACAGUAAUUAAUACUUUGUUUUCUCUUUUCCUUUUUUUUUUUGCUUUAUAAGGAUACUAAAGCACUGUAACAUUAAAUGGAUUUGUUCUAUAUGAUUGUUUUUUCUCUUUUGGUUACGUUUUGUUAAGUAUUUGUUUUUGAAUGACUUCAUGAGGUUGGUUGUGGUUGUAUUUUUUUUGUCUACUUAUUUGGUUAAACAGAAUGAAGAAUUUUGAGGAUAUAUGAAGAUCAGGUCAUGAUUUGCAUCUGUGAAUUAUUAAUGACUUUUUAAAAAUUUACAUGUAAUUUUAAGGCCAAAUUCAGUGAUUGUGUAUCUGCCUUAUUUAUAGAGCAAAAUAAAUAUGUCAAUUAAAGC